CACUCCAGCCCAGCAGGACGCGACACUGGAAAAUAUGAUAUUGCUCGUGCAUGGACAAAACUAAAGGUGAAAGGUUACCAAAACGUCGACAAACACAAACGCACGUAGCCGCGUAGUCUGCUUGGAUAAUCUAAAAUGGCUAAAAUACAGUUGUUGAGAAUGUUUCUCAACCAGCGUUUAACAGCAGCGGCUGAGGAGAUAUUUGGGGCUGUUGAGAAAACGAUAGAAGAGUACCAGGAAGAAGUGCAUCGUUCUAAGGAGGAGAACCGCCGUCUACAGAGGCAGCUUGAUAUCGUUCUCAAACCACAAGAGAUACAAUUACAAAGGACAGACCUCCAGCAGCUCUCUUUCACUGUCUUCGAAGAGGAGGUUCCCACUAAGCAGCAACACUGUGAGCAGGAAUGGAGCCCCAGUCUGGGGCAAGAAGACCCAGAGCCCACUCAAAUUAAGGCGGAACAACAGGAGCAACAUAGGACCAGUCAGGAGGAAGAGUUUCAUAAUGACUUUAUCAUAAUUAGCUCUAGUGACUGUGUGAAAAAUGACUAUGAUCAGGAAGAGGACUCAUGUCAGCCCUCACAUCUUUACCAAACCCAAAGUGAGGAAUAUAGACAGGGAGCCUCUCUAACAAGCACUUCAACGGAACCGAUCAAAACAGAACCUGAUGGAGAGGGCUACAUGUCAUUAGAACCAAACAGGGAACCUCAGCUCCUCUCUGCAGUAAAUCCGGUCUGUUCUCCAACCCCAAGUAAAUACAGGGAAGUUGUCAAUGAAGAGGAAAAAGAACCUUGGAUUAGGUUUACACCACUCAAAUCAAAGAAAGCACAGAAAAUAACAAGCCAUAGCUCCGGUAUGUGGAAAAAAGGAAGGAAAUCCACAGAGUCAUCCCAUAUGAACCCACACAGUCAAAGCCUUACUACUCCCUGUUGGUGUGGUGUGUGUGGAAAUAAAUGUAACUCUGUGAGUUUUUUAAUAAAACAUACACGAGAACACACAGAGGAUAUAGGCCUAGAUUGCCUUUGCGGUGUCUGUGGAAAACACUUUGAGUCCAAAGAAAUUCUGAUAGAGCAUCUCCAAACUCACAUGAAAAAUCUUUUUUGUCACUUAUGUGGUCAAUGUUUCAACUGGACUAGUAAUCUGAAAAGACACAUGAUGAUUCACACAGGGGAAAGACCCCAUCGGUGCAGUGACUGUGGCAAAGGCUUCAGGUCGAGUGAUUGUCUGACAAAGCAUAGGAGGAUUCACACAGGGGACAAACCGUUUCCUUGCCCGGUUUGCCACCGUGGUUUUAACAGACGAGAUAACCUGAAAGUGCAUAUGAGAGUUCACACAGGGGAGAGACCGUAUAUGUGUUCUGAAUGCUAUAAAUGUUUUGCAACGUUAACGUCACUGAAUAAGCACCAGACAAUGCACAAUGAGGAACGACCGUAUGUGUGCACCGAUUGCGGUACCCGCUUCAAAGCGCUUGAAUCCCAAAGAAGGCACAUGAAGAGUGUUCACAACAAGAAGGAGAAUACAACAUGACAAUGCCUUGUAUGGGUUACGGUAUCAGAAGAUUGAGGCGCAUUCUAACCGCCAUUGGACAGGAGAACAGCCCUUUAGGACAGACGCAUUGCAUUAUGGAAUCAGUGCAUUAGUUACCAUUACUUGUUAGUAGCCAUUACCCAUUAGUUUACCAAAUGCAAAUAGCAGACAGAAGUUAUUUAUGUGCCCGUGCUUCCAAAGUGUCACAGUCUGUAAAUUGUUGAAAGCCAAGCUCAUUUUAUUUUCAUAAAUCCACCGUGGGAUGCAUUUAAUUGGCUGGCAGGAUGCAUGGAUCCGGCAUAACCCAAAUCCAGGCCUACACAAACCCAACCCCCGAACUGAAGUUAGCAUUUUUUUUCUCAAACUCAGCUAGUCAUUCAUUUGUGUGCUAUUCGGCUUUUCUCCAUUCCUCUUGGUGAUUUGAGAGACUUCCAUGGUACAUUUGGCCUUUGACUGUGAUGCUGCAGACUGAACCUACACUAUUAUCUGUGAGGUUCUGAACACAUGACUGAAUUCACCCGAGGACAUUCUUCAAAAAGUACUUGGCAUGAAUUUAAAAUUCAAUGAGAAGCGAUAGGAUUUAAACCAAUCAUGUAUUUUUUUUUAUUGGAUAGCUAUUAACAAGACUGACUGACAACUUCAACUUGCUGUUCAAAACAAGAAGAUUCACAUAAUGCUGCAUUCUCGCCUGCAGCUCAUCAUAAAAUACAUAGCAUUGCUGAAAAAUAUGACAUGUGAGAUAUAACAUUUGCAAGACAUUUGAGUUUCUGAUAUGGUGGUGCUGUUCCAGACAUUCCUUCUUUUUUUUUAAUGGGGAUGCACAUCUUGGAAGAUUAAAACACAUAGGAACACUUCACCAGGCUUUGUGAGAUCUGAUUAUCUGUGCAACACGAUUGCAAUAAACACGACCUGGAACGGACCCUGCAGGUCAUUUAUGAA